AUGCACUAUAUUUCUGCAUUGUCACUCCUUGAUUCUAUUGACUUCUUCUCUACUUUUUUUUGGGAGGAGAUUUUUGGCCCUCAGGCUGAAACAUUUGAUGAAUUGUCAGAUGAAGACUCAAGCAGUUGUUCUGAAGAUUCCGAUCAUGAUGAUCAUGAUAAUGAAGAAACUUAUAGCUCAAGAACUAUGACACUUUACUUGGAAGAUCUUGAAGAGAACAAAGUUCACGAGAGAAAACAAACAACUCUCCACAAAUUGAAUAAUACUUGGAAUAUUAGCCAUGCCAAAGAAGAGGUAAUUGAGAUUAUUGAAAGAUACGAGGACAAGAAUAACACAGGAGGAGAUAUAGUAAUAUCUGAUACCACAGCUGUUUAUAUUAGAAAAAGUAGUCAAGUAAAAAACGAAGAGACAAAGAUAGAUUAUUUAGCCCAGGCUAUUCAGACUUUACCUUCAGAUGCUAUUAAAAGGGAAGCCAUAUUGAUGUCUUUUUUAUUUUUUGAUAAAAAAGUCAAUCUUGACUACUUUAAAUUAUUAUGUAUUGUUGGUCAAGAGGCAUUUGGAAAGGAAGAAUGCAUCAAGAUGGAUGCGCUGAAUAAUGUACUCUGGAAACAAUCUAUACUGGAAGAAUUGGAUCAUCCAUUGGAUUGUAGUGAUUUGAGAUUUCACUUAAAUCGAAAAACUUUUACCGAAGAUGUAAUUCAAUUUGGAUAG